AUCAUCAUACAUUUUCAUAUUAAUUCGUAACUGUUUGUAAGUAACAAUUGUUUCGUGAUUGUAAUGUGAUUCUGAAAUAGUUCGUGUGAACGAGAAUAUCCAGCCAUGAUGGAUGACACGAAAAUCUUGGAAAAUGGUCUCGUAUUCGAGCAAUUUUCUCGAACCACGUCUCUGUACCGUUACUAUCUGUAUGAUUUGUCGAUAAUGGUCGAUGGAUUACCGUCGAUCGACACACUUUUGAUCGUGCGGCCAUGAUUAGAUAGGAUGGGAAACAGAAUGCUCGAUAGCAAUUUCGAGUCAAAGACCUCGUGAAACAACGUGUACUUUUAUUUUAUACCGUAUCAAGUCAUCUUGGAUUAAAUAAUGUGUUCCAGUCUUCUUCUGCACGAUUUUUCUUCAGAAUCAGAUGGGCUCGUCCGCGAUAGGAACGACUUUGAUCACCGGUUUCACAUUGUUGGCUUUCGUCACCGCCUCUCGUGCUGCCCUGGCUAGGACAGCGUUCGAGAAGCUGACAGACUACGAUUACCGCGGAACGACGUACUACAGCGUGAGGAACCUGUCCCUGUACGAGUGUCAGGGCUGGUGCCGCGAGGAGGCCGAGUGUCAGGCGGCUGCGUUCUCGUUCGUCGUAAAUCCUUUGGCGCCGAUGCAGGACACCCUGUGCCAGCUGCAGAACGAGACGGCGGCGACGAAUCCCGCGGCACAACCGCAAAGAGCCGCCAACAUGUACUACAUGACUAAGCUUCAGAUCAGAUCAGAAAAUGUCUGCUUGCGGCCAUGGUCCUUCGAACGCGUCCCGAACAAAAUGAUCCGUGGACUGGACAACGCUUUGAUCUACACCUCGACGAAGGAGGCCUGUCUCGCGGCUUGUUUGAACGAACACCGUUUCACCUGUCGUUCCGUCGAAUAUAAUUACGUAACACUGCAGUGUCACUUGAGCGAUUCCGAUCGAAGAACGACCGGGCAAUACGUGCAAUUCGUGGAUGCCCAGGGUGUCGAUUAUUUCGAAAAUCUGUGUUUGAAAGGAAAAGAGGCAUGCAAAUCUCAGAGGAUCUUCCAGAUGCCACGAAUCGGAGUGGCCGACGAUAAAGUUGCUCAAUACGCGGGAUUACAUUAUUACACGGACAAAGAAUUGCAAGUUCAAAGCGAGUCCGCGUGUAGACUUGCUUGCGACAUCGAGAACGAGUUCCUCUGUAGAUCUUUCCUGUAUCGUGGCGCUCCUCAAGGAUCAGCGUAUAAUUGCCAGCUGUUCCAUCUUGAUCAUUGGACUCUUCCCGAUGGUCCUUCAACUUAUCUCAAUGCAGAACGACCAUUGAUUGAUAAUGGAGAGAGAGUUGGAACAUAUUUUGAGAAUUAUUGUGAAAAAGGUACAGGCCCAGUUGCGGAUCCACCAGUUGUCUUUGAAACUACGGAAGACCCUACCAUAAAUAAUCUCACGAGAAACGACAUAAAUUGCGAUAAAACUGGUACCUGCUACGACGUAUCGGUUGACUGUAAAGACACCCGAAUAGCCGUUCAAGUUCGUACGAAUAAGCCUUUUAACGGUCGCAUUUACGCCCUUGGCCGCUCUGAAACUUGCAACAUCGAUGUUAUCAAUAGCGAUCUCUUCAGGCUCGACUUGACCAUGAGCGGGCAGGAUUGUAACACUCAGAGUGUGCGUGACGGUUUUCAGACUGGCAUCUACUCGAACACGGUCGUCCUCCAGCAUCAUUCCGUUGUGAUGACCAAGGCCGACAAAAUUUACAAGGUGAAGUGCACGUACGACAUGUCCUCGAAGAACAUCACUUUUGGCAUGAUGCCUAUCAGGGACCCGGAAAUGAUCAGCAUCACCAGCGCGCCGGAAGCCCCUCCACCAAGGAUACGCAUCCUCGACAGCAGAUCCAGAGAAGUUGAGACUGUCCGUAUAGGAGACAAGCUGACAUUCAGAAUCGAAAUCCCGGAAGACACUCCCUAUGGAAUCUUUGCUCGAAGUUGCGUCGCCAUGGCAAAGGACUCGAAGAGUACCUUCCAGAUCAUUGAUGAUGAAGGAUGUCCAGUGGAUCCGUCGAUCUUCCCAAGCUUCACGCCUGAUGGAAACGCGCUUCAAUCUGUCUACGAAGCAUUCAGAUUCACCGAGUCUUAUGGUGUUAUUUUCCAAUGUAACGUCAAGUAUUGUCUAGGACCGUGCGAACCGGCUGUCUGCGAAUGGGGACGAGAAUCGGUAGAGUCAUGGGGCAAGAGGCGUCGAAGAAGUCUCGCAAACGCUACGGAGGAAAAAGCAGAGGAUAUGACGUUGUCUCAGGAAAUCCUUGUUCUCGAUUUUGGUGACGAGAAACAGUCUGACUUCUUGAAGAGUGACGCCAGCAUAGACUUCAACGAAGCCGACAAAACGGUGACCAUUGUGGAGCCCUGUCCAACAAAGACCUCGGUAUUAAUUCUGGGCGUGACGUGUGCCCUGCUUGUCCUCAUCUACAUUUCCACGAUCUUUUGUUACUACAUGAAGAAAUGGUUGUCACCCCGCAAAAUGAUGCCCUGAAGAUUUCCUGCCGUGGCCCAAGGCUCACCGAGAAUCUCUCGGCUGGUGACAAGAGUAGCGACCAGAAAAAUUACGGAUAAAGUGCAAACUCACCUCGCGUAACGCGUCGUUAGUACGUGUUACUAGACUUGCACGCGAUGAACCCGAGAGACACGUGUUUGUGUAGACGCGUGGAAAAAUUACGACUUCGCACCGUCAUUCUCGAUAUUACUCACGUUUCGCGCGAAACACUGGUUCCAGGAAGCGGGGAGUCGAGCCGUGCAAUAAGCGUCCAUUUUUCCGCGCAGACUACAUCGUACGUACAUUUUCUCAGAUAUUGCGGUUUCGGAUUUAUCGCGAUGCUUAUCAUCGGGGACUUAUUAUUUACUACACAUUAGGCGAGAAAACAAGCAAUUGAAUUAAUCGUAAUACAGAUAUCCCUUAUCCUCGAAGAAUCUCCAAGUGUAAUCUUAACGAAGGAAAAUUGAAUUGAAAGUGAGAAAAUAGAGGGUAUCCCUAAAAAAAAUAUGGAGGUGUAUCGUUUAGAUAUCGGGAUCUUGCACAUGGCGGAAGUCACAAGCCGCUUGUGCAACACUCCGAAAAAAAUCUUUCUGAUUGACUAUGAUAAAAGCAUACUCAUUAUAGAACACUUUAAAUAUAAUUUUAAAUUUAAUUUCGACGAUGUGAGCAAGUGACGAGGAUCACGAGACUUGCCACUUGUGCAACGCUUCGUAAGGGGGAUUAAAUUUUACAUACAUAUUGAGGAUCGAUUUCGUAGACAAGGAUAAAUAUAGGCAAACAACAUUGGUUUCAGAAUAUAUUAUGGGACUUAAGCUCUACACUUACACAUUUUACAUCUGACAUUCCAUUCAUUUAUACAUAAUAUUUAUCGUACAUAUCGGAUCUUUUAGAUCGCAUGGGUCGAAGAUCGCAGGGAUCUUGCGUGCAAUAUUUCGUAGCGAGUCGCGGAACAUUGAUUUUCUCGAGGACGAUGAAACUGUGGUAAAGUAAAAUAAAUAGAGUGCGAAUACGUUUCGGUGUAAAACUCUCGAUAAUUGCUCUCAAGACUUAUUCUAUUUUUUAUUAUAUCGAGAGGUUGAAGGUUACUUUCAAUGUAUUGUUCCACGAAAAAAAAUAUUCUCGAGAGCAAUUGUCGAAAGUUUUAUGUGUAUCGGAAUGGAUA